GGGCGGGUGGCUGGGAGGGGCGGCCAUGUCGGGGCCGCCAGGCGCCUGAGGGGGUAGCGGUCUCCGCCGUGGCGACGCCCAGCGCCGGCGGGUGGGCGCGGCGAGUGGGAGCGGUGACUCGCAGCGGUGACUCGCCUCUGCCGGAAAGAAGAACGGGGCCAGCGUGGGGCUCGGUGCCCAGCGGAGCGGCGGGUGUGGGCGCUGGUCGCCGAGCGCUGCGGGCUGCUCCAGGCGCUCCGCUGCGGGGCUGGCUCGCCUCCAUCUCUGGGCGGGUGGACGCGACUCCGGUCGCUCACAGUCAGGCAGCCUGUGUGCGUGUCUCCUUCUCUGUCGUCCUUCUCCGUGUCGAAGCUCUUCGUCUUCUCUAACAAACUCUCUGCCUUGCUUCUUCCCCGCCCCCCCGGGCUUCUGCUUUGUGGAUGUUGGCGGCUUCUUGUUGUGACAGGAGAAUGUGUGUGUGCCCUGGGCCCAGGCGGAUCGCAAUUCCAGUCCGAAGCUCCAGGGUGCCAUUGUUGUCUGAUGCCAUGCCAGCACCAGCUCAUCUGUACCCACUGAUUCGUAACUGUGAGAUUAGCAGACUAUGCAGCACUGUGUGCUACUGCCACCACAGACACCUCUGCUGUUUGUCAUCUCACUUUGCUCACAGUCACUUCAGAUACGCUCCUCAGAAGAAGUUUGCGGCACUUUGUAGGCCAAAGGAGGACUUCAGUUACUUUUUUCACGCGAGAGAUUAUGCUUCGUCGCCACAGAGGUUUUACCUCACUCCUCCCCAGGUCAACAGCAUUCUGAAAGCAAAUGAGUACAGCUUCAAAGUCCCAGAAUUUGAUGGUAAAAAUGUGAGCUCUGUCCUCGGCUUUGAUAGCAACCAGUUACCUGCUAAUGCUCCCAUAGAAGACCGGAGGAGUGCUGCCACUUGCUUGCAGACCAGAGGAAUGCUUCUGGGUGUGUUUGAUGGCCAUGCAGGUUGUGCUUGUGCUCAAGCUGUCAGCGAGAGACUCUUCUACUACAUUGCUGUCUCUUUGUUACCUCACGAGACUUUACUUGAAAUAGAAAAUGCUGUGGAAAGUGGCAGGGCUCUGUUGCCUAUUUUGCAAUGGCACAAGCAUCCUAAUGAUUAUUUUAGCAAAGAAGCUUCCAAGCUUUAUUUCAAUAGUCUAAGAACUUACUGGCAGGAGCUAAUUGAUCUCAACAGUGGAGAGACUACUGAUGUGAAAGAAGCUUUAAUUAAUGCUUUUAAGAGGCUUGAUAAUGAUAUUUCUUUGGAGGCUCAAGUAGGAGAUCCAAAUUCUUUUCUCAACUACUUGGUACUGAGAGUGGCAUUUUCUGGGGCAACUGCCUGUGUGGCCCAUGUGGAUGGUGUUGACUUGCACAUAGCAAACACAGGUGACAGUAGGGCGAUGCUUGGGGUUCAGGAAGAGGAUGGAUCUUGGUCUGCGCUUAACCUGUCCUAUGACCACAAUGCACAAAACGAACAUGAAGUGGAACGUGUGAAAAUGGAGCAUCCAAAGUCUGAAGAGAAGAGUCUUGUGAAACAAGAUCGUCUCUUAGGUCUCCUGAUGCCUUUCAGAGCUUUUGGUGAUGUGAAGUUUAAGUGGAGUAUUGAACUUCAGAAAAGGGUGGUAGAAUCGGGCCCAGAUCAGCUGAAUGACAAUGAGUAUACAAAGUUUAUUCCUCCAAACUAUCACACUCCUCCUUACCUUACAGCUGAGCCAGAAGUCAUAUAUCACAGACUGCGACCGCAGGAUAAGUUCCUGGUUUUGGCCACAGAUGGGCUGUGGGAGACCAUGCACAGGCAAGACGUGGCUAGAAUUGUGGGGGAGUACCUCACUGGUGUUCACCAUCAGCAGCCAAUAGCUGUGGGUGGCUAUAAGGUAACUUUGGGACAGAUGCAUGGUCUCUUAGCAGAAAGGAGGGCGAGAAUCUCCUCGGUGUUUGAAGAUCAGAACGCAGCAACUCACCUGAUCCGCCACGCGGUGGGUAACAACGAGUUUGGCACUGUGGAUCACGAGCGACUGUCCAAGAUGCUUAGUCUUCCAGAGGAGCUGGCUCGCAUGUAUAGGGAUGACAUGACCAUUAUUGUCGUGCAGUUCAACUCCCAUGUCAUAGGUGCAUGUCAAAACGAGGAACUGUGAAUUUCAUCUAAGGGAACUAGUUACCAAAGCUGUAACAAUGGCCAGUAUGAGCAGCAAGUAAAAAAAACACCUACCCACCAAUCAACCCCCCCAAAACCCUCAGCAAACAAAUUGGCCUCUUGCUAGAUUCAGCAUAUCUAUUGUUCCUGCUUUCCCCCAGAGCUCUAAAUGCACAGGAAGUGCUAUUGGCCUAACACAAAGUUGAGGAGGAUGUCACAGCUUGGCAAAAGAGGUUUCUGUAGUAACUUUGCACUAUUGAUUUUUAUGAAUGCUGCUAGAACAAUGUUUUGAAUUUGGCGAAAUGGGAUGAGGGAGGGAAGGAGGAUGAAGAACUUAACUGUUGAAGAUCUGGCUGUUGAAGAAACAGCCUGGUUAUAAAUAUCUGUAAAUACCUACUCAGUAUCUUUAAAAGGAUGAGUAAAAAAGGAGCAUUGUUGAAUUCUUACAGGGCUAAUUCUUGCAAAGUAAAUUUGGUUAUUUGUGACUAUUGUUUCUUCUAAGCAGAAGGUCACUUUGUGUCUUCAGUGUAACAAAGUUGUCUGACUUUUUCAUAUCAAUAAUGUCAUUCACUUCAGGAUAUUUGUCUUAAGUGUUGACUUUCAAUGCAGGUCUAAGCCAUAAUCAAUACCUGGGAUUCUGUUACAGCCUAAUCAUAUCUUAUGCAUGGAAACUUCUUGUGUAUUAAUAACUUAUUGGCUGUGGAUUACUGCACAAUUUGUAGGGCAAUAAUGCGUAACAACAUCCAUUAAGACACCACAUAACUUGGUAGAGAACUUCAGUUUGCUGUAGGAAGAAACUUUCACACUUCCCAUGAAGUCAGUGGUGUUGGUCAAGACUGUUGGCUCUCCUAAAAGUCAUGUCCUUCAUGGACUUCACCCCUGUUUGCUGUUAUCUGGGAUAUAAAUUUUCACCUGGGAAGAAGUCAUUGCUAAACCCACUUGGUGAUUUGUACUCAUUCACUUUGGCUGUUUCAAAUGGUCACACAUUGGAUGUCUUGCACUUGAACUCCUAAAUUGAGUUUAAAAACUAGAAGUUAAAUAGAGCUUGUAAAUAGUCUUUCAGUUGGGAAACUAUUUGGCAUGUGUGUAUAUGUUUAAUAGCUUUUUCUAGCAGCUUCUUUACUAGCAGCUCUAUUUCUGGACAGCUGGCAUAUGCAUGUUCUUACAGUCCAGAAUGCUGUCACAGAGCAAUCUCUGGUGUCUCUGGGUUGUAAUGGUUGGGUCUGAACUUAAAAGAUUGUUUAACUUGUGUGUCUAAAGUUGUUUGGCUUGUAACCUUAAAAACUAGGGGCUGACAACUAAUUUAUCUGAUGUCAUUGCAUCUAUUUUAGGUAUGUUGCAUUGUAUACAGGUUUAUUUUAACCUGCCCUUGGGUUAAAAACUCAAGUGCUGACUGAAAUACCAGCCAUUGACUGCUGAACACGUGUAAAAUGAUUCCCGUGUUCUGGAGAGCAAGGAUAGGUCAGCUUUUUCACUUCAAGGUGUUUCAUUUAAAACAUCACCCUAGCCUUCAUCAUAGCUAAUUAAAUUACACUUUAAAAACAAAGCUUAUUUUGGUUAAGUGAGUACUGUGAUAUUCUCUACUGAAUACAGAUUUUGCCAGUUAAUGCUACUGUUGCACAGGGUACACUUAACUUGAACAAUGAACCUGUGCUGUAGUAAACAUUGGCUCCUCAAACUUAGAUGUUAUGUGUAUUUUGUGGCCUGCAGCUUUAUGUCUGUCUCUCUAUCCAGCCUUAAAUACCAGGAUCUGUGUUGCUAUAAGGUUAAUGAUACCUAAGUUCACAUUGCACAUAUCUUCAACCUUUCUUUGUUUGAAGGGAUAAAGGGGAACUCUGAAAUGCUUAAACAAGUACUGGCUGUUGACAUUUGCUUCUGUAUUUUUGGUGUCUGUCACUGUCUAGGUUAGUAGACUUUAUGUUCUGUCAUUUAAAUGCAGUAUGUACCUAAGAUGUUGCAGUAUUUAACUAUCUUCCUUUUUUUUUACUGUUAAAGCUCUGUUACAUGUAUUGAUGUAUUUAACCUACGAUUAUUGCUAUGGAUUUGGUACAAGAAAUGAACAUUGGUCCCAUGGAUACAACAUCUCUUGAGGAAAAGCUGCUUUUUUUGUAGUCAAGGUGCAUAUGUAUGGAGUCAGACAAAACAGUAUUUAUGUAUUGCUUGGAGACCUGCUCAGUAUGUAUGCAGUGAACAGAAGCAGCCUAACUGCCUGCUCAACAGGUGAUCUGAACAAAUACCUUUUAACAGAUUCCAAUAAAACAAUUAUGCAGAA